CGCACUGUGUCCAUGCUGUGUCCUUGGUUUAAACACGCUUCAUCGUUCUGAAGUUCGUCAACGUUCUGAACGACGCUAAGUCUGCAGAAGAUACAGCUUUCGCACCCUUCAGAGACGAACGUUCGGCAUAAGCCACCUGAAAGUUCAAGGCACUUGGCACAUCGUUCCUGAAGAUUCUUCACCCAUUGCAUCCCAGAUUUAUCCCAUCCCAUCUUUACCCAGGAACCAGGGUGAAGUUCGUUACCGGGACCAUUGGAUUAAAAAAAAUAGUGUAAGCGUUUGAAAGCUGAACGGAACCAUGGGCCCCAGAAUGCGUAGCUCGUCCGUUCCUGAUGAGGAAGUAAAUCCAGCGCAGCGCAUUCCCCUCAUCGUCAUCAACCUAGUAUUGAUGAUUUCAUCAGCGCUGAUUUUAGCCAUUUGCAUGUACUCCUUGUACGAGCGCUGGAACGAAAUACAUUGGAUUAAGUCGUCCGUCGUGGUGAGCUUCAUCAUCAAUCUUGAGAUUCCGUUCCUCACGGCCAGCCUCUACACUUUCUUCGCUGCAACUACGGGGUUCGUAGGGGCCAUUCGAGAAAACACAACACUCCUGUUGUGGUACACGUAUUCACUGUGUGUUCUCCAGCUUCUCGUCCUCGCCUUCGCAAUUUUCAUUUUCGUCGGACCUUUACUCACCAGAAAGUCCAUCGAAGGCAUCGUGAGCAUCGAGUUUGUCCAGAACUACAGGGACAACGACGACUUCCGUGCUCUUAUCGACUACAUCCAGAAAACGUUCGAGUGUUGCGGCGUCACAGAUCAGACCUUCAGGGAUUGGAACAGUAACAUCUACUUCAACUGCAGCAACACAAAUCCCAGUUUCGAACGUUGCAAUGUUCCAGCAUCCUGCUGCAAGACGGACGACGAAGAGAACGCAGCCGAUCCUAUGGUGCCCACCGCUGGGCAGCGAUACUGCGCUCGAAAUGUAUUGAGCAUGAAUGAGCAGGACGCUUGGCACCACGUGUAUACGCGAAGUUGUCCAAGCGCUAUGAUUUCAAAGGCCAGGGCCGACAGCAUGUACAUCAUCCUAGCAUGUGCCAUCAUUAUUGUCGCAUUGAUUCUCAUGGCGAACCUGGCUGACACGGUGCGUGUACAGAUAGAAGAGCUGAGCAGAUUGUAUGAGAACUACUACAAGGACAUCCGACAGAGCCUGCGCAGGAAAAUGGCCAGGAGGAAAUCACUCGAUAAAGCCGCUAGGCGUCGUAGGUCCGUGGAUCUAUCCAUGGCCUCGGAAGACGAUGAUGUGGGCGACCAAGAUCUCGGAAGCUUCAUAACGGAAGGCAUGACAUCAGUAAACAAGUCGCAGCUUUAAUCCACGUGGUGCACACUCAGGCACGCGUGACCCUGACACCAUUUUAUAUCUUUCAUAUACUUACCCACAGCCAUCAAUGUCACAUGAACAUGAACUGCGUACCACUAGACGUGUCUCUGAGGAGAACUUGCCCUGCAAGCAGGAUGUCUUCAUACUUUUCUAUGAUUUCAUAUUCAGCUUCUAUCAGUAAACGUUACCCACAGCUUC